AAUACUCUUGAAAUUCCAUUGGAAGAAUCUUCCCUCCAAAUUCCCAGUAUCUCCGAUUGCAAAAAAAGAGAGCAUCAAUUGAGCUGCAAAUUAAUGGGGAGGGACGACGAUGAGAUGAGGAGCGAGAUCGAGGAGAGGUUAGUGAACGAAGAGUACAAGAUAUGGAAGAAGAACACUCCCUUUCUCUACGAUCUGGUCGUCACUCACGCCCUCGAGUGGCCCUCUCUCACCGUCGAAUGGCUCCCCGGCCGGGAGGAGCCUCCCGGAAAGGACUAUUCCGUUCAGAAGAUGAUUCUCGGGACCCACACUUCAGAGAAUGAGCCGAAUUAUCUCAUGCUCGCCCAGAUUCAGCUCCCGCUCGAGGACGCUGAGAAUCCUGAUCGCCGCCAGGAAGAUGAUCGGCCGGAUGUAGGCUCGUUUGGCUGUGCCAAUGGGACGGUAAAAAUAAUUCAGCAAAUAAAUCAUGAUGGAGAAGUUAACCGAGCACGUUACAUGCCUCAAAAUCCAUUUAUUAUUUCCACCAAGACAGUCAGUGCUGAAGUUUAUGUCUUUGAUUAUAGCAAGCAUCCAUCUAAACCCCCUUUGGAUGGUGCAUGCAACCCUGAAUUGAGGUUGAAGGGCCACAACACUGAAGGAUACGGUCUGUCCUGGAGUCAGUUCAAGCAAGGUCAUUUGUUAAGUGGCUCAGAUGAUGCCCAAAUUUGUUUGUGGGAUAUUAGUGCCACUCCGAAAAAUAAGACCCUUGAUGCCAUGCAGAUCUUUAAGGUUCAUGAUGGGGUUGUAGAAGACGUAGCUUGGCAUUUGAGGCAUGAAUAUUUAUUUGGUUCAGUUGGAGAUGAUCAGUAUCUACACAUAUGGGAUUUGCGCACACCUUCAGUAACCAAGCCUAUUCAUUCUGUAGUUGCUCAUAAUGGAGAGGUUAACUGCUUAGCAUUCAAUCCGUUUAAUGAAUGGGUAGUAGCGACCGGAUCAACUGAUAAGACUGUCAAGUUAUUUGACCUUCGCAAGAUCACUUCUCCUCUACAUACUCUUGGAAGCCAUACGGAGGAUGUUUUUCAGGUAGGGUGGAAUCCAAAGAAUGAGACUGUCUUAGCGUCUUGUUGCCUUGGCCGAAGAGUCAUGGUUUGGGACCUUAGCAGGAUUGAUGAGCAACAAACGAAAGAAGAAGCAGAAGAGGGGCCACCAGAGUUGCUCUUUGUUCAUGGCGGCCAUACCAGUAAAAUAUCCGACUUCUCAUGGAAUCCGUGUGAAGAUUGGGUCAUUGCCAGUGUUGCCGAAGACAACAUUCUUCAAAUCUGGCAAAUGGCUGAGAACAUAUACCAAGAAGACGAUGAUCUCCCGGCAGAUGCUGCUGCUACCUAGCCAGAUUCAUCGCUAGGUAUUGUAUUUGCCCACCGAUCCAUUUGCAUUUCUAUGAGUGACAUUCUAUUGUGUAUAAUGAAUGUUUCAUGUGAAAAACAAAUGAAGUUAAGGCUUGGAGGUUGUUUGAUCAUCAUUCUUGGAAACAAAACAAUCUUGUUUUU